AUGUUAAGUUUAAGAUCUCAAAUUUUAAAUCGUAAAAAUGAUAAUUUCUUUGGAAUUGCAGUAACUACACGAUUACCUAAUCUUACUAGCAAAGAAAACGAUGCAUUUAAAUCUGAUGCUCUACAUACUUACAAACGUGCAUUAGAAUACCUCGAAAAAUGGUUUGAUUAUGAAAACUCUCCAUUCAAAAUGUUUUCGUGUUUGAAAUUAAGUGAAUUACCUAAAUUAACAGAUUUACUCGAUCUGGCCAAAUUAAUUAAGGUUCAUGUCAAUGGAGAUGAACUGUAUGAAGAGCUUAAUUUGAUAAAGUUAUUACCAAAUGAUAUCCUAAAUAACACAGAAUUCACUAGUUCGGAAAAAUGGGUAAAAUUUUUCCAAUCAUCUACUGCACAAUUAAAAAAUAUUAAACAAAUUGUACAGUAUGUAUUCUCGGUGCCGUGUAGCAAUGCAUUUGUUGAACGCGUUUUUAGCCACAUGAAUAGUUUGUGGACAGAUGAGCGCAAUCGAUUAGGAAUUGAUACAGUUAAAGCCGAACUAGUCAUAAGAAAUAACAUAACAUACAAUUGUUCAGAGUUUUUUGAUCAAAUACAAAAUGAAAAACAUUUAUUAAACGCCGUGAAAAAUGCCGCUAAAUAUAAAUUUAAAAGUUUACAAUAG